CCCAGGAGCGGGCAGCCAGCGCGCUGAGAGGGGAGAGGCUCGAGGUUCCCGGGCGCUGUGAGUGGGGGAGCGGCUCCGGGUCCAAGCGAGCGGCUCAGGCGCUGUGAGGAGAGAAGGGGAGUCUGGUCCCCGGGCGCUGCGGUCGACUGGCCCCUGCGGUGCUCGGCGCGGGCUGAGCGGACAUGGCUACCAUGGAGAAACUGAUGAAGGCCUUCGAGUCCCUCCGCUCCUUUCAGCAGCAGCAGGGGCCGGCCGCCAUCCCCGAGGAGCCGCUUCAGAGAGCAAAGAAAGAACUUUCAACUACCAAGAAAGAUCGAGUGAACCACUGCCUAACAAUAUGUGAAAACAUAGUUGCUCAGUCUCUAAGGAAUUCUCCGGAAUUUCAGAAACUGCUGGGUAUUGCUAUGGAACUCUUUCUUCUCUGUAGUGAUGAUGCGGAGUCUGAUGUCAGGAUGGUUGCUGAUGAAUGUCUCAAUAAAGUUAUAAAAGCUUUGAUGGAUUCCAACCUUCCUAGGUUACAGUUAGAACUCUAUAAAGAAAUUAAAAAGAAUGGUGCUUCUCGAAGCCUACGUGCUGCAGUUUGGAGGUUUGCUGAGCUUGCCCAUCUGGUUCGACCUCAGAAGUGCAGGCCAUACUUAGUCAACCUAUUGCCCUGUCUAACGCGAAUAAGUAAGCGGCCUGAAGAAUCGGUACAAGAGACAGUGGCUGCAGCAAUACCAAAAAUCAUGGCAGCAUUUGGCAACUUUGCAAAUGACAAUGAAAUCAAGGUUUUAUUGAAGGCUUUCAUUGCUAAUCUUAAAUCCAGUUCUCCUACCAUCCGUCGAACAGCAGCUGGAUCAGCAGUGAGCAUCUGUCAACACUCACGAAGAACACAAUAUUUUUAUACCUGGUUACUGAAUGUGCUUUUAGGUUUGUUGGUUCCUGUGGAAGAUGAACAUCCUACUCUUUUAAUUCUUGGAGUACUGCUCACACUAAGGUAUCUAAUACCGUUACUGCAGCAGCAAGUAAAGGAUACCAGUUUGAAAGGCAGUUUUGGUGUAACACGAAAAGAAACAGAGAUUUCACCUUCUCCAGAUCAGCUUAUACAGGUCUAUGAAUUGACUUUGCAUUACACUCAGCACCAGGACCACAAUGUUGUGACUGGAGCUUUAGAACUAUUACAGCAACUUUUUAGAACACCACCGCCUGAUCUUCUUCAUGCCCUGACCACUUCAGGAGGCAUUACACAGGUCAGUGUAUCCAAAGACGAGUCUAUCAGCAGAAGCUGCAGUGGAAGCAUAGUGGAGUUUAUAGCUACAGGGGGGUCUUCAUGCAGCCCUUGUCUGUCAAGAAAACUAAAAGGUAAAGUACUUUUAGGAGAAGAAGAAGGCUUAGAGGAUGACCCUGAAACACGGUCAGAAGUCAGCACUGCAACUUUUGCAGCCUCCAUGAAGAGUGAGAUAACCAGUGAAUUAGCUUCUUCAUCAGGAGUAUCAUCAGCUGGAUCAAUAGUAAGUUCUGCAGCUGAUCCCACAGGACAUGACAUCAUCACUGAGCAGCCACGUUCACAACAUGCUUUGCAAUCAGACUCUGUAGACCUGACCAGUUGUGAUUUGGCCAGCACAACUACUGAAGGGGAAGAGGAUGACAUGCUUAGUCGGAGCUCCAGCCAAAUCAGCACUGUCCAGUCAGACCCCACUAUGGACUUGAAUGAUGGCACGCAGGCUUCUUCACCAGUUAGUGAUAGCUCUCAGACUACCACAGAAGGUCCAGAUUCAGCUGUGACCCCUUCGGACAGUUCUGAAAUUGUUCUAGAGGGUACUGAAAGCCAGUAUUCUGGAAUGCAGAUUGGACAGCUGCAAGAUGAGGAAGAUGAAGCUGCAAAUGUUCUCCAUGAUGACUCCUCAGAGCCUUUCAGAAAUUCUUCCCUUGCCCUUCAGCAACCACACUUAUUGAAAAACAUGGGCCAUAGCAGGCAGCCUUCUGACAGCAGUGUAGAUAAAUUCAUGGCAAAAGAAGAAACAGUAGAAUCUGUUGAUCAUGAAAAUAAGCCUUCCAGAAUAAAGGGAGAUAUAGGUCACUACACAGAUGGAAAUUCUGCUCCUCUGGUUCACUGUGUUCGUCUCCUGUCUGCUUCUUUUCUGCUUACUGGGGAGAAAGCUGCUUUAGUUCCCGAUAGGGAGGUGAGGGUCAGUGUAAAAGCAUUGGCAGUAAGUUGUGUUGGAGCAGCUGUUGCCCUUCAUCCUGAAUCUUUCUUCAGCAAACUGUAUAAGACACCUCUUGAAACCAUGGGAGAAGAGUAUGAAGAGCAGUAUGUAUCAGAUGUUUUGAACUAUAUUGAUCAUGGAGAUCCCCAGAUUAGAGGGGCUACUGCCAUUCUCUGUGGAACCAUUGUCUACUCCAUUCUCAAUAAAUCACGUUUUGAUGUGGAAAACUGGCUAGCAAAUGUCAGAAAUUCAACAGGAAAUCUCUUUUCUCUGGUAGACUGUAUACCUCUCUUGCAGAAGACUCAAGAUGAAUCCUCAGUUACAUGCAAACGCUGUGCGGCUGUGAGGCAUUGCAUCAUGAGCUUGUGCAGUAGCAGUUAUUGUGAACUAGGUUUACAGUUAAUAAUCGACCUCCUUACUCUGAAGAAUAGUUCUUAUUGGCUAGUAAGGACAGAGCUUCUGGAAACUCUUGCUGAGAUAGAUUUCCGGUUAGUCAGCUUUUGGAAGGAAAAAGCAGACAACUUGCACAGAGGUGUUCAUCAUUAUACUGGGCUAUUAAAACUUCAGGACAGAGUCCAACAAUGUUGUAUCUACCUUCUGGGUGAUGAAGACCCCAGAGUGAGACACGUAAGCUGCAGCUUCUUGAUGAGGCUUGUUCCAAAGCUGUUUUAUAAUUGUGACCAAGGACAGGCUGAUCCAGUAGUGGCCGUGGCAAGAGACCAAAGCAGUGUCUACUUGAAACUCCUAAUGCAUGAGACUCCGCCUCCAUCUCACUUUGCAGUGAGCACUAUCACCAGAACAUACAGGGGUUACAACAUGGUGCAAAGUCCAACGGAUGUCACUAUGGAAAACAACCUUUCUAGGGUUAUCUCAGCCGUUUCCCAGGCAUUGACAACUUCAACUACAAGAGCGCUUACAUUUGGCUGCUGUGAAGCUUUAUGUCUUCUCUCCACAACGUUUCCAGUCUGCACAUGGACUGUAGGAUGGCACUGUGGUGCUUCCCAGCUGAGUCCUUCGGAGGAAUCUCGGAAGAGCUGUACCAUUGGAAUGGCUGGAAUGGUUUUGUCCCUUCUUUCAACGGUCUGGUUCCCACUAGAUCUUUCGGCACAUCAAGAUGCUUUGAUUUUGGCUGGAAACUUGCUUGCAGCAAGUGCCCCCAAAUCUUUGAAAAACCCCUGGACUACUGAAGAAGAUAUGAAUCCAGGUGCUGCUAAACAAGAGGAGCCAUGGCCAGCUUUGGCUGACCGAACUCUUGUUACUUUGGUAGAACAACUCUUUUCUCAUUUACUGAAGACCAUUAAUAUUUGUGCUCAUGUGGUGGAUGAUGUUGCUCCUGGCCCAGCAAUAAAGGCAACAUUGCCUUCUCUCUCAAACCCACCUUCUCUAAGUCCAAUUCGUCGGAAAGGGAAAGAGAGAGAACCUGUGGAACAAACAUCUGUACCAAUGAGCCCUAAAAAGGGUAGUGAAACUAAUCCAGCUACUAGGCAAACCGAUACUUCAGGGCCUGCUCCAACAAGCAAAUCGUCGUCACUGGGCAGUUUUUAUCAUCUUCCAUCGUAUCUCAAGUUAUAUGAUGUCUUGAAAGCUACCCAUGCUAACUAUAAGGUUACAUUGGAUCUUCAGAACAACAUCGAAAAAUUUGGAGGUUUCCUGCGAUCUGCCCUGGAUGUCCUCUCUCAAAUUUUAGAACUAGCAACUCUUCAAGACAUUGGAAAGUGCGUUGAAGAGAUUUUGGGGUAUUUGAAAUCCUGUUUCAACAGAGAACCAAUGAUGGCAACAGUUUGUGUACAGCAGUUGCUGAAGACGUUAUUUGGCACGAACUUGGCAUCUCAAUAUGAUGGCUUAUCUUCAAACCCCAGCAAAUCUCAAGGCAAAGCCCAGCGUUUAGGCUCUUCUAAUUUGAGACCUGGUCUUUAUCAUUACUGCUUCAUGGCCCCUUAUACACACUUUACGCAGGCACUUGCUGAUGCGAGUCUAAGGAACAUGGUACAGGCAGAGCUGGAACAUGAUGCUUCAGGAUGGUUUGAUGUGCUGCAGAAAGUUUCUACGCAACUGAAAACUAGCCUUACAAGUGUAACAAAACAUCGUGCUGACAAGAAUGCUAUUCACAAUCACAUUCGCUUGUUUGAACCCCUUGUUAUAAAAGCUUUAAAGCAAUAUACUACAACAACGUCGGUACAACUACAAAGGCAGGUUUUAGAUCUCCUAGCACAGCUGGUUCAGCUACGGGUUAACUACUGUCUUCUAGAUUCCGAUCAGGUGUUUAUUGGAUUUGUGCUAAAGCAGUUUGAAUACAUUGAAGUGGGACAGUUCAGGGAAUCCGAGGCAAUUAUCCCGAAUAUCUUUUUCUUCUUGGUAUUAUUGUCUUAUGAGCGAUAUCACUCCAAACAGAUAAUUGGAAUUCCUAAGAUUAUUCAGCUGUGUGAUGGUAUCAUGGCCAGUGGAAGGAAAGCUGUUACACAUGCUAUACCAGCUCUGCAACCCAUUGUCCAUGACCUCUUUGUAUUACGAGGAACAAAUAAAGCUGAUGCUGGAAAAGAACUGGAAACACAAAAAGAGGUGGUGGUGUCAAUGCUACUAAGACUUAUCCAGUAUCAUCAGGUGCUGGAGAUGUUCAUCCUAGUACUGCAACAGUGCCACAAAGAGAAUGAAGACAAAUGGAAAAGAUUGUCCCGACAGAUAGCAGAUAUAAUUCUCCAAAUGUUAGCAAAACAACAGAUGCAUAUAGAUUCCCAUGAAGCUCUGGGAGUAUUGAACACUUUAUUUGAAAUUUUGGCUCCUUCAUCCCUCCGUCCAGUGGACAUGCUUUUAAGAAGUAUGUUUGUUAUUCCCUGUACAAUGGCAUCAGUGAGCACUGUUCAGUUAUGGAUAUCUGGUAUCCUAGCUAUCCUUAGAGUUCUGAUUUCACAAUCAACAGAGGAUAUAGUUCUAUCUCGGAUUCAAGAGCUUUCUUUCUCCCCUUACUUAUUGUCAUGUCAAACAAUUAACAGGCUAAGGGAUGGGGAGAAUAAUGAACCCACACCUGAAGAACAAAUUGAGCUGAAACAGGCUAAAUAUCUGCCUGAAGAGACAUUUUCUAGGUUCUUGUUACAAUUAGUGGGCAUUCUGUUGGAAGACAUUGCUACAAAACAGUUGAAAGUGGACAUGAAUGAACAGCAGCACACUUUCUAUUGCCAAGAGUUGGGCACAUUGCUUAUGUGUUUAAUACAUGUCUUCAAAUCAGGGAUGUUCAGAAGAAUCACAGCUGCUGCCAGCAGGCUUUUUACAGGAGAUGGAUCUGAUGGUAGUUUUUAUACCCUUGAGAGUCUGAGUGAUCUUGUUCAGUUCAUGAUUCCCACACACCCUUCUUUAGUGCUCCUCUGGUGUCAAAUCCUACUUCUUGUCAAUUACACUAACUACAGCUGGUGGUCGGAGGUGCAUCAAACACCAAAGAGGCACAGUCUUUCUAGUACUAAAUUGCUGAGCCCUCAGAUAUCUGGAAACAGUGAUGAAUUUGUUUCGGAAUCCAAAUUUGGCAUGUGCAAUCGAGAGAUCGUACGAAGAGGAGCACUCAUUCUUUUUUGUGACUAUGUUUGUCAAAACCUACAUGAUUCAGAACACUUGACAUGGCUUAUAGUGAAUCAUGUUCAAGAUCUGAUUAAUCUGUCUCAUGAGCCUCCUGUACAAGACUUUAUUAGUGCUGUUCAUAGGAAUUCAGCAGCCAGUGGUCUCUUCAUCCAGGCUAUUCAGUCUCGGUGUGAGAACCUCGCAACUCCAACAACACUAAAGAAGACCCUGCAAUGCUUAGAGGGCAUUCAUCUCAGCCAGUCUGGUGCAGUGUUAAUGUUGUAUGUGGAUAAGCUUUUGUGUACUCCAUUCCGUGUGCUGGCUCGCAUGGUUGACACACUUGCUUGUCGUCGAGUAGAAAUGCUUUUGGCUGCAACUUUACAGAACAGCGUUUCUCAGUUACCAGUUGAAGAACUGGAUAGAAUUCAGGAAUAUCUUCAAAACAGUGGAUUAGCACCAAGACACCAAAGACUUUACUCGCUAUUGGACAGGUUUCGCCUUACAGUAGCCCCAGAAACAACUAGCCCUUCACCUUUGGUUACUUCGCACCCACUGGAUGGGGAAAACCAACCAGCCUUAGAGAAUGUAAUUCCGGACAAAGACUGGUAUGUAUCACUAGUCAGAUCACAGUGCUGGGUCAGGUCAGACUCUACACUGCUGGAAGGUGCAGAGCUGGUGAAUAGGAUACCUCAGCCUGAACUAAACUCCUUCAUGACCAGUAAGGAGUUCAACUUAAGCUUGUUAGCUCCCUGUUUAAGUCUUGGCAUGAACGAAAUCUCAGAAGACCAAAAGAGCAGCCUCUUUGAAACUGCCCGUAGGGUAACCCUCGACCACGUGUGUAACAUUGUUCAAAAAUUUCCUGCCAGACAUCAAGUUUUUCAGCCGUUGCGGCCAAUUGAGACUUCAGCCUAUUGGAGCAAGCUAAGCGAUAUUUUUGGAGACACGAUGCUGUAUCAGACUGUGAUGAAACUCUCUCGUGCACUGGCUCAGUAUUUGUUGUUACUCUCUAAAUUACCAGCAUCUCUCUGCAUUCCACCUGACAAAGAGAGUGACAUCCUGAAGUUUGUAGUAAUGUCAUUAGAGGCACUGUCAUGGCAUUUAAUACAUGAACAGAUUCCUCUAAGUAUAGAUCUUCAAGCUUCUUUGGAAUGCUGCUGCCUAACGUUACAGCAACCUGGUCUCUGGAAUUUGUUGGCUUCUGCAGUGUAUGUGACACAGGCUUGCUCCCUAAUUAAUUGUAUCAGAUUCAUAAUAGAGGCAGUUGCAAUUGAACCUGGAAACCAGCUUCUUAGUCCAGAAAGAAAGAAGACUACUUCAAAAGGGGUCAGUGAGGAUGAAGUUGAUUCAAAUGCUCAAAAAGCAAAAUAUAUUACAACAGCUUGUGAAAUGGUGGCUGAUAUGGUGGAGUGUUUACAGACUGUCUUGACGUUGGGAAAUAAGAGAAACAACAGUAUCCCAGCAUUUCUCACUCCUGUCCUUAAGAACAUAAUCAUCAGCUUGGGUAGACUGCCUCUAGUAAACAGCUACACAAGAGUACCUCCCUUGGUCUGGAAACUAGGCUGGUCACCAAAACCUGCAGGUGAUUUUGGCACAGCUUUUCCAGAAAUUCCUGUAGAAUUUCUUCAAGAAAAAGAAAUCUUUAAAGAGUUCAUCUAUCGCAUUAAUACAUUGGGGUGGACCAGCCGUACCCAGUUUGAAGAAACCUGGGCUACUCUCCUUGGUGUGCUUGUAACUCAACCAAUUGUAAUGGACCAAGAAGAAAGUCAACAAGAGGAAGACACAGAGAGGACCCAAAUUAAUGUUCUUGCAGUACAAGCCAUAACCUCCUUGGUGCUGAGUGCAAUGACAAUACCAGUUGCAGGCAAUCCAGCAAUUAGCUGCUUAGAACAGCAGCCCCGCAAUAAAGCUUUAAAAGUUCUGGAUACAAGGUUUGGGAGGAAGUUAAGUGUUAUCAGAGGAAUUGUGGAACAAGAAAUCCAAGCAAUGAUAUCUAAGAGGGAUAAUAUUGCCACUCACCAUUUUUAUCAAGCAUGGGACCCUGUGCCAUCACUUUCUCCUGCUACCACAGGUGGUCUUAUCAGCCAUGAAAAGCUUUUACUGCAGAUCAAUACUGAGCGAGAAAUGGGAAACAUGGGCUAUAAACUAGGACAGGUUUCUAUACACUCCGUGUGGCUAGGAAAUAACAUCACUCCAUUGAGAGAAGAGGAGUGGGAUGAAGAUGAAGAAGAUGAGAGUGAUAUGCCUGCUCCUUCUUCACCACCAACCUCUCCUAUUAACUCCAGGAAACACCGGGCUGGGGUUGAUAUACAUUCUUGUUCUCAGUUCUUGCUUGAACUGUAUAGUCAAUGGAUAUUGCCAUCAAAUCCUAGCAAGAGAACGCCAGUCAUUCUGAUUAGUGAAGUGGUGCGAUCACUUCUGGCAGUGUCUGACUUGUUUACAGAAAGGAAUCAAUUUGAAAUGAUGUAUACCACAUUGACAGAAUUGCGGAAGGUGCAUCCAUCAGAAGAUGAGAUUCUUAUUCAAUAUUUGGUACCAGCCACAUGUAAAGCAGCUGCUGUUCUUGGAAUGGAUAAAGCUGUAGCCGAGCCAGUAAGCCGUCUGUUGGAAUCAACACUACGCAGCACCCAUAUGCCAAGUCGGAUUGGAGCUCUGCAUGGAAUUCUUUACAUCCUUGAGUGUGACCUGCUUGAUGAAACAGCAAAGCAACUCAUUCCAAUUAUCAGCGAGUAUUUGCUUUCCAAUCUGAGAGGGAUAGCCCACUGUGUAAAUGUCCAUAACCAACAGCAUAUUUUAGUGAUGUGUGCUGCAGCAUUCUACUUGAUAGAGAAUUACCCACUUGAUGUAGGGCCUGAAUUCUCUGCAGGAAUUAUACAGGUCUGUGGCGUAAUGGUGUCUGGAAGUGAUGAAUCAACUCCAUCCAUUAUUUACCAUUGCGUCCUCAGAGGAUUAGAACGACUCCUCCUUUCAGAGCAACUUUCUAGGCUGGAUAGUGAAUCUUUAGUUAAACUAAGUGUUGAUAGAGUCAACAUACACAGUCCCCACAGAGCAAUGGCAGCCUUGGGGUUAAUGCUGACUUGCAUGUAUACAGGAAAAGAGAAAAUUAGCCCAAGUCGUGCAACAGAUGCAAAUCCCACAGCUCCAGACAGCGAGUCUGUUAUUGUGGCUAUGGAACGGGUGUCUGUUCUUUUUGAUAGGAUCCGGAAAGGAUUUCCUUUUGAAGCUAGAGUAGUGGCACGGAUCCUCCCUCAGUUCCUAGAUGACUUUUUCCCUCCACAGGAUGUAAUGAACAAAGUUAUUGGAGAAUUUUUAUCCAACCAGCAGCCAUAUCCACAAUUCAUGGCCACAGUAGUUUAUAAGGUUUUUCAGACACUACAUACCACUGGACAGUCACCAAUGGUCCGUGAUUGGGUGAUGCUCUCUCUCUCCAACUUCACACAGAGAACGCCUGUUGCAAUGGCAAUGUGGAGUCUUUCCUGUUUUUUUGUCAGUGCUUCCACCACUCAGUGGGUUUCAGCAAUUCUUCCACAUAUUAUCAGCAGAAUGGGAAAAUCGGAGCAAGUGGACAUUAACCUCUUCUGUUUGGUGGCCAUAGACUUUUACAGACACCAGAUAGAUGAGGAACUAGAUCGAAGGGCCUUCCAGUCUGUGUUUGAGAUGGUAGCAUCGCCAGGAAGCCCAUAUCAUCGCCUACUAACUUGCUUGCAAAAUGUUCACAAGAUCACGGCAUGCUGAACGUCAUGAUAUUGGUUAAUGAAACUCGGUGGCUUGAUUUGGACUCUGGUAUGAAUGUUUAGAGAGAGAUAAAUUUGCAGAAAGCAGCUGGGAUUUGCUUCUGCAAUGAAUCUGCAUCUGUCAGUUUUAUACUUCAUGCUUGUUUGCACGGAGAAGCACUGUGCACCACAGAGGAUCACAUGAAAGGUGGAAUAGGAACAUUCUUAUUAGCAGUGGUUAGCUGUGUUAAAUGGAAAUAUGUAUAUGUUUUAUGUAAUGUUUGGGAUUAACCUGAGGCUGAAUUACUAACUGUAAAAUACAUGGGCAGAUACUUUAUGCAGGAAAGCCAGGUAUUACUCUUCUUCCUGAUGUUCAAUUUAAGUCACCAUGUUGCAUCUGGUAUUGAAAAUCUGACAGAAAUACUCUCAGUGCAAGUUUUCAGUCAUUACAAAUCUUUAUAGUUUAUGUGUGUGUGUGUGUGUGUGUAUAUAUAUAUAUAUAUAUAAUAUAUGUACACUGUGAGGUAGUAUAGAUCAGAAACUGUUUCCUAACGUCUCUCCCAAACAAGGAAAUGAGAAACCAGUUUUCAGGAGUAAUGCUCCCAGCAUGCAAUUAUUCUGUCUCUGGACUUUCUAAUAUACUGUGGUGUAUUUGUUGGUGGCAUGGGACAUAUAAUGCACAUACAUAACCACACUUUUUUCUUUUUUCUUCUCAGGAUUUAAAAUUUUAGUACAAUAUAUCAGUAAAAGAAAUUUUAACUUAAAUAUUUCUAUAUCAUGUAAAGUAUGUAAAAUUGUAAAAUGUGUGGUGCAUGAAAUGUGCUGUAAUUUGAAAUGAACAAAAAGCCACUCUACUGAAUGUCUUGACAUCUGUAUUGCCCUCAUUUUCUCAUUGUGUGAUCUUUAAAAUCCAUCUUAAUGUACAGGUUACAUUUUAUGUACUACAUUUCACAUUUUUGUAGGGUAACACUUUAAAAACUGGAACAUAUAGGCUAGUUUGUGUUGAUGCUAUAUUAAGAAGGCAUUUUUGUGAUUCAUUUGAUGGUAGCUUGUUUUGAGUUUCUUUAUUUUGAGAUGUAAAGGAGAGGGGACUAGAUAGCCUGGAUUAGCACUUUUUGUAUACUAAGCUGCUCUCACCUGCUGCAGAGGCAUUGGGGGUUUUUGUUUUGUUUUGGUUUUUUGGUGGUUUUUUUUUUUUUUUUGAGAGAGAGAGAGAAAAAUGAUGCAAGUUUCCAGUAGCCAAUAACUAUCUGGCUCUUUCAUUUAUACUAACAGAAACCAUGGAGUCAUUUGGAUAUAAACCACUCACUUUACUCUAAGCAAAUUUAUGACGACAGUUAAGAAUCAGAAGUCUAAUGUGGUCUACUCUGGCGUUGGCCAAGGUGUUAGGUUAUACAACCUCUUUUAUUAGUUGUCUACAACAUUAUGUUUAUACACAAACACUGCAUAAACAUCCACAAAUUCCAAAAUUCUCCAGUUCUACACAGGGCCAAAUUCUGUUUACGCCUCAUACAAGCCUUUGAUUUUAGUUGGUUGCACGUGGGAAAUCUAGGACAGUAUUUUUCCGAUAACUGCAUCUGAUAUAAUUCUUCAAUAUAGAAAAGUAAUGCCUUGGUUCUGAGCUACAUUGCUAUAUUUAACCUCAUUACAUUUUCUCAUUAACACCUGUUGGUAACACUCAGAAUAUCUAAGUAGUGUUAUCAAAAGGAGCAUAUACUGUAUGUAUUUCUGUAUAUAAUGUAUAUGUAAUUAUACACAUAUGACUACAUUUACUGUAUACAAAUGUGUAUAUUUGUAUUUAUUAAACCCAUGGAUUUAAACUAAUUCCAGUUCUUAGACCAAAAAUGGUUGCUUUUGCCCAUAACUUGAUUAUAAAGGAAUUGCCCAAUGAUGUCACUUCCUCUUAUGAUAGGUACAAAACUGAUUACAUGGGCAGCAGAAAUAACUGUGGACUUUGCUGUAUCUAGCUGUUUGAUAGAGUUUAUUAUCUAGAGAGUUUAUUUCUGCCCUCUGAGUUGGCUGCUACUGCUUCUUUCUUGGGCCAUGGCACUGUGGUGACUUUUUAAAAAAAGAAACUGAAGUUCAGAAAGGGUUUAAAAAUAGAUAUUAUUAAAGGUUUUGGUUAUACUGGAAAUCUUACAGUUCUGGUAAGAGACCACUUGCCAGGGAAGUGAGCUAUAAUGCCCUCAGAUUGCAAUUAAGGGUAAUAUAGAUCACUAGUCCCUUUUGUAACCCCCAAUAAUAGUCUUAUUCUAUAAACCCACAUACCAGUCAGUUUUUGUAUGAUAUAUUGUAAGUGAAGAUAUUUUUGUAAGCUAUUUUCCAAAAUUUAAAACAGAUUUUAAUAUAUUUUUGAAGCAUUUGAUAGUCACACCUUAACCAUAGAUCACUAUACUUUCUGUUUCAUGAACAGAUAAAUCUUACAUAUUUUUAACCUCAUAAAUAGCCACUGCAUGGUUGGUCAGUGUGCCUCCAGAUGAUGGAGGCUGGCCAUCCCAACUUGUGAAGUUUUCCAAACAAAUCAGCCGAGACUUGCCAUAGAAACUUUCCCACCAAUAAAAAGAGCAUAUUAAGCUAAGGAGUCAACAUGUAACAGAAAUGGAUUUCUUUUCAACAUGUGAUAAAUUCCCUGUCCUCAGUACUAUUGUUGGCAUUUGAUAGGAUGUUCAGAUUUCCCACUUCAAAACAUCACCCAAAAGUGAUGCAGCCAGGUCUGUCUUCAGAUAAAUUCAAGGAUAAUUAGAAUAGUUGUGUGUGUCGGUCUUCUCUCCAUGAAGAUUUGUCAUACAUAGAAAACAGGUUUGCUGUCUGUAGAUCUUCAGUGUGUCUAGAUUUUUCUUCUCUGGAAUUAUUAACUGAAUACAAAUACACAUUCAUUUUCAGAUGUAUGAAUGUCUUGAAGGGGACAUGGCUGGUUAUUCUCCAUAGUUUGUAAUUACACAUUUAUAAGGCUAAAAUUUAACAUUUAUUUCCCUUGAUGUGCAUUUUUGUCCUUUGUUUCUUUUGGAAUGAAAAUUAUAAUUUUUGUAUUUGUAAAAAUAUCUAAUAUCUACACAAUUCUGGUGACACCUAUCAGUAAUUACGUUGUGCUUUAUGGCUUAAUUUCUGCCUCUUACCGCAGAACAGGAUAUCACAUGGUCAUGUUUUCUGUGUCUAUUUAAAAGAAAUCUUAAGGUUAGAUUUUUUUUUUUAAAUUACCAUCUGUAAGAUUUGUUGCUCCAAUUUAUGAUUUUUUUAUAUUUGACCAAGAUUAACCGUUUCCCUUUUUAAUAUGCUAUCAGUAGACUAAAACAAGAUCCAUGCUUGAUAUCAAACUGGUUUUGGAAAUUAAACUGAGUUUUUCACUGAGACCCGAGGUAUAAAUAGUUAGAUGUAUAUCUGGUGUCCUAAAUAACUAAAAUAAGCAAUAUUUAACACAUUCUAUAUACAUAUAGCGUGAUUGAUAAAUCAGUUUUUUCAUUUAGAGGGUCUUGAAAUAGUUUGUAGCAUAACUAAGAGAAUACAUUUGUGAACAAGCAAAUUGAUAAUUUAUUGAAAUCUAAAUGAGGUUUAACCUAGAGAACCUGCUUUUUUUUCAUAAAGUGCUGCCUCUUUUGAGACUCUCUUACUUGCCUCUGAAUUUUUAAAAAGUAUCAGGCAGAUAUCACUUGAUCAGUAAAGUUUGGCUAAAGUAAUUUCCUUUGUCUUCAGUGAAGUUUUAUUUUAUUCCUUUCAACAGAGGAGAAAUUUGAAACACCUUAUACUAAAACAAGUUGAAUUAAUGCAAGUAAUUUCUAUUUGCAAUUUGACUGUCAGGUGAGGUUUUAUUAAAAAUCCUUCUUUUUAGUGCUUGUGCCCACUUUGGGAUGUCUCCCUCACUUAAAAAAAUAAAUACAAACACUGGUAUUCAUGAAUUCUACGUUAUAUUACUUCCCAUUGCAGAAAAUCCCUUCUCAGCAUGAAAGGAUAAAAUCUGACUCACUAUUUGACGUGAACAUUGAUUAAAACUGUGAAUACCUAUUGAGCAGCUUUCAGUAAAACUUGAAAAAGAAUAGUCAACCUUCAGAUUAAAAGUGAAUUCCAAUCUAGUAUUUCUUAAUUCUAUUUUAAGAACAUUUCAUCAUGUUGUUCUCUUUUAACUUAAAGUUGGCUUUGUAUAGCAAAUAAGGAGGUUGUGUCAAAAACACUGCAAAGGCAAUCCUCCAAGAGCAGUCUUCAAGAGCAGACUCUAAAUCUUCAUAUGGUAUUUCAGCGCUGUCAUGACUAAACACUAUCCAUGCAAGAAACAUUCAGGUGUAAUGAGCAAUAAAUAUAGCAAUAAGCAGUCUAAAGAGAUGGUUAGUCAUUCAGGAUUUUACACAUUGGUUCUUUGUGGGGGCAACUGAGUCACUGUGUUAAAUAAGUUUUAGUUUUCUUAUAAAGACCCCAAGAAUGCUAUGCACUAAAACCAGGAACCAACUGAGAAUAACCAAGGAUAUAUUUUUAAACGGGCACCAGUAUGUAACAGUAAAAAGAGAGCAAUUUUAAGGUUAUAAAACAGCAAAGGAAGUAUUUCAGUAAUUCCCUUAUUCUAAAUAAAGUUAUCUGUAGUAAAACUGAGAAUCUGAGAUGCCUACCUUCUGUUAGGGUAAACACGGCACCAAAGAAUCUGGAAAGGGUGCUGAAGUCCAGUGUGCUCAUUUACCUCAUUUUGAGAAUUCAGAUGGAAAUGUUUGUGCCUGUUACCUUAAAGUAUCCAUUAAAUAACUUCAAAAAAACUAACAACAUUCCUAAGAGGAGAGCUUCUAUGGUAUGUCAAGUGAUUAAAGUUAGCUGGACAUGAAUGCCAUGGAAACACAGUUUAGGGGUGCGUGUAUUGUUUUGUCACAUGCAUGUUGUGUGUGGACUUGUCAUCGUUCACAUCAGUCUUUGUCUACACAUAAUGUCAAAUUAGACCAGCCUGACAAAGGAAGGAUAGGGUAACUGGCAUACCAUACAGUCCUAUGAUGUUGUCUCAUAUGGCUUGAGGGCUAUGAUGGGCAAGGCUUGGAGCCCCAACACCAACAGUAGCUGUAUUCAGAAUAAAAGGAAGGAAUAUAAUUUUAGAUGUAUGUUUAAAGACGUUUGCUGAAAAUAUUGCACAUUAAAAUUAGAGAAAAUAAACUAUA